AUGUUGAGCGUCGGGGUCGCAGGAGGUGGCAUCGGCGGGCUGUCCUGUGCUAUUCAUCUUGCACGAGCGGCGCAUGAUGUUACAAUUCUGGAGCAAAAGUCAUCUUACACAGAGGCCAAUUCCGGAGGAGGCAUUAACUUGACUCCCAACGCUCUUCGUUGCCUGAGCGUUCUCCUCGGAGAAGAUACACUACGCUCUAUCGUCGACGAAUCGGAUACAGGCUAUGUAAGACGUCAUAGCGAUGGUGCAGUCGUCAACACCGUGGCUUCGACACCGCGUGGAAUGGCCCACCGCCAGGACAUUCUGCUUGCCCUUCUGGAGGCCGCCAAGGCAUGUGGUGUGAAGAUCUUGUACGGUGUCACCGUCGAAGGAUUCUACGAAGACUCAGACUCGGUUCAGCUAGCAGGCAGCUGUACACGAGCCUUUGAUCUGCUCAUUGGCGGAGAUGGGAUCAACUCGCGUGUCCGCACGGUAAUGUUCUCUCCAAGAUCACUUGAAGCUGCUCCGACGGGCGCCCGAACAUUUCUUGUCACGGUCCCCGAGCAAGCUAUGCUGGCGCACGAAAGCACAGCAGAGCUGUAUGAACACGGAAAGCGUCCCUUUGAACACUGGCUAGGUCCGGAGCGAGUCAUAAUCGCGUGGACUAUGACUCGGAGACGGGUGCAUCACCUCCAAUUCUGCGACUUCAAUGCGGACUGGGCGGUUGGUGAGAUUGGGCACGACAAGCGAUGGUCUCGCCGCGUCGACGAUAUGACGGCGCUGCGUGAGCGGUGGCAGGACUUUGCAGAGGGGAUUCGUCGGAUCCUGGACCUGGCCUUUGAUUGCGUCGAAUGGAGGAUUGCGGAAGUGCCAGAACUUCCGACGUGGAGCACUCCCGGCGGCCGCAUUGUGCUCAUUGGCGACGCCGCCCAUGCCAUCGCUCCGUUUGCCGGCCAAGGGGCCUGCAUGGCUCUGGAAGAUGCGACUGUGCUCGGACUCCUACUGGCAAGGAAUGUAUCGAAGGGAGAUGUUGUCCAGACGGUGCGGACAUACGAAACACUUCGUCGACCGAGGAUUGACACCAUGCGGCGGAUCGUUCACGCUAACACCCAGGCAUAUUCGGCGUUGAACGUCGAUGGUAGCGUCUUCUUCGGCAGACAUGCCCAACCCACCGUUGGUGGUGACGAUUCAACCCCCUGGACGACUGAGCGGCAGAUGGGAUGGAUCACGUCGUAUGAUGCUUUUGCGGAAGUCGCCGGGCUGCAGCAGAUCGAAGUACUGCAGAAGACCCGAGUACCUCCCAUGGCAUAG